AUGGAUUUUCAGAACCGAGUAGGAUCGAAAUUUGGAGGUGGAGGAGUUGCAGGUGCAAGUGAAGCCAAUGUAGACCGACGAGAAAGAUUACGAAAACUUGCACUAGAGACGAUCGAUUUAGCCAAGGACCCUUACAUAUUGCGAAAUCACUUAGGAGGUCUAGAAUGUAGAUUAUGUUUAACUUUACACACGAAUGAAGGAUCUUACUUAGCACACACACAAGGAAAGAAACAUCAAACCAAUCUUGCAAGAAGAGCAGCCAAGGAUGCCAAAGAUUCAUCAUUAUAUCAAUCUUCACUUUUGGCUCAACAAGCUGCUCAAUCUCGCUUAACGAUUACUAAAAAACAAUUCAUCAAGAUCGGUUCACCUGGUUAUCAAGUCACAAAAGUCAGAGAUCCGAUCACUGGUCAAUUAGGUUUACUUUUUCAAAUUCAUUAUCCACAAAUUGCCAAUGAAGUUAAACCGAGACAUAGGUUUAUGUCUAGUUUUGAACAACAUGUCGAAACUGCCGAUCGAGCUCAUCAAUAUCUUCUAAUUGCAGCAGAACCUUAUCAGACUAUCGCAUUCAAGUUACAAUCACAGGAAAUCGAUAACUCAGAAGGCAAAUCUUGGAAUCACUGGGAUCUAGAUACAAAGACGUAUAGCAUGCAAUUUCUGUUUGCAUGA